AUGGGCAAUUGUCCGACGUGUUCUGUUGAAACUUCAAAUCUCAAUCUCGAUCCUCUAUGCAAUGGACAACGAGUGUGGCCCUUCUUCCUAUUCUCAUCGUGUGUUGUGCUAUGCAGUGGAUGGAUGACUAUAUUCAUCUUUGGUUUAGUCAAGAAAGUGUGCGAUAUAUGUCGCCGUAAGGGACUAUCGUCCAAAACUGAAUCUCAAAAACGACGAGUUGUGGAUGAUGAUGAUAUGUCUAUACAAGAAUCGAACUGGUUGAAUGAUAUGAAAGACUGGGGAAACAGUUUCAUUUCAGGACAAACCAAAAUGGGCAAAACAUUCGUUAUAAUCAUUUUUUUUUGUAAUAUUGCUUCGCUGGUUUUAUACUGUAUGGAUACAAAGACAAAUUCAUAUGUGGAAUCCUGUACCAACUUUUCCCAAUCACUUAGCAUGAAAAUCGAUCUUGGUCUUAAUUCCGUGUUUCUCAUUCAUUUCAUACUUCGAAUUGCUGCUGCGCCGGACAAACGGCGAUGUUGGUUUAGUUUACAUUCUUUUGUCGAUAUUUUUACCAUUCCACCCUCAUUCAUGACCGUCUAUCUCGAUCGAAGUUGGAUAGGUCUCCGAUUUUUACGUGUUGUUCCAUUGAAAGAUAUUCCCAAUUUAUUACAAUAUAUGCAUGUUAUUGAACGACCACGAACCAUUCGAAUUGUUCAGUUAGCAUCGAAGUUCACCGCGAUUUUAUUCGCAACUGCUGGUGCAGUUCAUCUCGCUGAAAAUUCCGGCGAUUUCUUUUGUAACUUUUGUAACGCACAAGAGAUUAACAUCUUCAAUGCUCUGUACUAUAUGAUAAUCACCAUGACCACUGUAGGAUAUGGAGACAUCUCUUGCAAAACAUAUCUUGGUAAAACGUUUGUGUUAUUGACUCUUAUCGGUGGAUUGGCAAGUGCGGUAUUUACUACAAUGAUUCCAGAAUUUGCAAAUUUGUUCAGUUCGAAACAUCCUUAUACUGGUCGGUAUUUGCGAGUUAAGGGAAAACGUCAUGUGAUCAUAUGUGGACAUAUCACACCGUAUUCUUUGGCACCAUUUCUUCGAGAUUUUCUACAUCAAGGCCGUGACGAAGUCGACGAUCUCGAUGUAAUCAUUAUGGAUAUGAAAACGCCUGAUCUCGAAAUGGAAGCUUUACUUAAACGGUACUACACAAAAUUACAUUAUUUCAUCGGAAGUAUUAUGAAUGUUACUGAUUUACAACGUAUACAAGUUGAUAAAGCAGCAGCCUGUUUGAUUAUUGUUAACAAAGAGUGUGCAGAUCCAAAUAGCGAUGAUUCCGCAAAUAUCAUGAGAGUGAUUAGUUUGAAGAAUUUUAACCAUCGCAUUCGUAUUCUAUUACAAUUACUUCGUUAUAUUAACAAAUUAAAUGUUGUUUCCAUUCCGGGUUGGAGUGUGUAUAACGAUGAAAUUAUAUGUAUCUCUGAAUUGAAACUUGGCCUGAUUGGUAUGUCUUGCGUGGCUCCUGGAUUUGCUACAAUGAUGACAAAUAUCUUUCGAAUGUCUUCGUACAACAUACGAACACGCGAACAAAAGACACAAAGAUGGCCAUGGCGUGACUUAUAUUAUCGAGGUGCUGGCAUGAAACUAUAUCUAGAAGAGAUGCCGCCCUCUUUCCAUGGAAGAUCGUUUGCGGAAAGUGUUUUGAUUUGCUUUCAAUUACGCGUGAUGCUUCUUGCCGUGGAAAUGGAACGAACGGAUGAGAACGGCAAUACACGAAUGGUUGUUGGACUCAUACCGUGCGAUAAUUGUGUUAUUCGGCGUGGAAGUCGAGCAUUUCUUGUUUGUUUGUCAAACGAAGAAGCGAACAGAGUGAAAUACUACUGUUCGAUUUGUUAUCCCAAACUUGAUGAUCUGACUGAUGAGCAGCUACAGCGUAUGCACAAAUGUGUUCACAUGAGGGAAAACAAUAAAGAACAAGACGCUGAAAUAUCUGUUGUCGGUGAAUCGUAUAGUUAUCGUACAAAUGACCAUUCAGUUGUUGAAAUAACGGACGCUGAAUUAUCUCAACCACUUAUUGAACACAUUCAAAAACCAUGUCGAAAUUGUUGCAAGAAGUUACCGAAAGAGGAUGUAUCCAGUUUCGAUUCUACUGGAAUGUUCUACUACACGGCACCUCGAAGUCUUGACGAUGCUACCCUUAGUACAGACGCACUUCGAAUGUAUCGCACAACGGAUCGUGAAGAAAGUUCGCCACCGAAGCAUCCGCUUUGUUUUCGAGAUCAUAUCAUCGUUUGCCUCCAUGCUGAUCGAUCAUCUGUAGGCAUUGGUCUUCGAAAUUUCGUUUUACCUCUUCGAGCAAGUUCAUUCCAGCGAGAUGAAUUACCAACAAUCAUCUUUGUUACUAAUCGGUCGUAUAUCGAAAGCGAAUGGGAUACACUGUCAACGUUUCCAGAUAUUUAUAUUCUCGAUGGUUCACCCAACAAUCCAUACAAUUUGAAACUGAUUUCGAUUCAUGAUUGUCGACAAUGCGUUAUCAUCUCAACUUUAGAUCGGGGAAAUUUAGAUACAUAUUUAGUAGAUAAAUCCUCCAUAUUAUGUGCUCUUACUAUCCGUCAGAUUCAAUUGAAGAAGGUUGGACUUCUCUCACAGCAUAGUCUAUUGGGAAUGAACAAACUGAGUCAACAUAGAACAGGCUCGAAACUCCUGCGUCAAAACUGGAUUCAUACUCUGACAACACUUACAAUCGACUCCAAUGUACAAUAUGUUGAACAAGGUCAUACAGACGAAGUUAAUCUUCAGUUCUUUUUAACUACACCAUUUGCAUCAGGUACAGCAUUCGCUGAUAGUGUCUUGGAUUGUAUGUUGAGCUGUGCUUAUUACAAUGUGAAUAGUGUGAAUCUCCUGCGAAAUAUUCUUGCUGGUGGUAUUCAUCUGCAAUUGGAAGAUAUCUUAGCGGAGGGCAAAGUGUUCACACCAUGUGAAUCGACACACGUAUUGGGAAAACGCAAACGAGCACGAAUAGCGUUGGUAGCAAUUCGUAAUUUAAUUUCAGACAUCGAAGCAAGAGCAGAAACAAUAACGUUUAGUUCACUCUUUUGUCACUCGCUUCGUCAUCAUCGUGUCGUAGUCAUGGGCAUCUAUCGUCUGUUGGAUGUUUUACUUCAGAACGAUCCCACGUGGAAAGGCGAUCGAUCGAUUAAUGAGCAAAAACGUAUCGUUAUCUACUUCCCACCUUAUAACUACGAAAUGGAUCGAUCUGAUAUGGUUUACAUCAUGUGUCAUUCGCAUAUUGAAAAUGACUAG